AUGUUCGGCAGGUCCGCCAGCCAGGACGUCGAGGUCCUGAAUAAGCGAAUACAGGCGCUCCCGAAGACCUUCCGGAAGAGCAGAAACAAGGUAGUCGACUACGUCUGGACAGUCUUAGACGAUCCUUCGUCAGGCAACGCGGCCUGGUGGACCGGCAAGUUUUUGGAGGCGCUCGUGCUUCUGAGCGUGGUCGUCACCUUCCAGCAGGCGGUUGAGAAUCCGGUCUUGCACGGAUGGUCAGCUGCCAUAGUCGAGACUGUGAUCGAUGUUGUAUUUCUGACGGAGCUCAUCAUUCGCUUCAGCUGUUCGCCGAGCAAGGUCAGCUUCCUCUGUAUUUCCCAUACGUGGAUUGAUAUCGCUGCCGCGAGUUCGAUCGUGCUGCGGGCUGCCAUUGGGUUCGUGCUCCCAGAGAAUCAGGACGACAUGAUCUCGAUCAUAUUUCUGUGCCUUGUGCCGAUCAUCCGAUUGUUGAAGAUCCUGCGGCACUUCGAGACCUUCAACGUGCUCAUCCAGGCGGUCUACAUCACGAUGGAGGUGUGGAACGCGCGGGACUACUCGCUGCUGCUGGCGAAGACGCGGAUGAAGCUGCGCAAGUGGGGCUACACGGCUCACGACAUUCCGACGCUGUUCGAGCUCUGGGAUUUCAACGGCAACGGGGUGCUUGAGCCCGAUGAGUUCUGCGAGCUGGUGAACGAGAUGAAGAUCGGGCUCCCCGAGGAUAGGAUCCGCGCUCUAUUCGAGCACAUGGACUUCUUGGGCGGGAGACAUAUCCAUAUCCACCGUCUCGCGGUUCAAACUCCUCGGCCGCGACCCCCUGGAUACAGGGCUGAUUUGCGCGGAUGCCCCGCACUCAACGCAUCCAUGGGAUCGCGCCUCAGUGACCAGAUCGCGAAGGCAUGGAUAUGAACAUGUUCGUCGCCCGUAAGGACAAAGACGGAAGCGGUGGACUGGACGCAGCCGAGUUUGCGAUGGAAGUCUUCCCAGAAACGUUUCUCCAGGCUUUCGUCGGACACGUGCCCAACAUCAAUCCAGAGCCUCCCUCGAGCAGGAUAACGACCGUGAGCAACAUUCCUCCGAUAAGACCAACGAAUAUGAGUACCAUGGAGACGUGAGCAGACGAUCGGCGCAGCCAGCGACGAUUGACACUGCAGCGCGUCGACAAAUUCCAUAGACGCUGGCUUGCUGGAGGUGAACUCGUGGCGGGAGCUGACACGCCUCCUCGUCCCCUUUGCCCCCCCUCCUUGGCCAGCAGUACACGUUGGCGGUAGUGGCGCUAGCAGACGUGCUGGAGGGCAUCCGAUGGACAACGCACGCGUUGGCGCUAGCACACGUUUUGAGGUUCGAGCU